UUGAAAAAUUCAAUGAACUCUACUAUAAUUUGUUUCAUCCUAAGUUUGUACAAAGAAAAGAGGAAUUGCAUAAAUUUACAUUCUUCAAUAAGUAAUCAUAUUUUACAAAGUUUGGGUACUUUUCCAAAGAAAAAAAAAAAAGACUAAAGAUGUCAACGUUUAUAAUUCCACAAUAAACAAACCAUAAGGAAAAAAAACGUGCAAUCCAAAAAAAUGUCACUUUCUUCGUAAUUAUUCAAACAAACAUUUUCAUAAUAAAUAUUGUACGAAGUAUACAACGUGUAUCUCACAUUCGAUGGAGUACGCGUUUCAUUUCGCGCCAUGAGAAAAUCGAGAUUCACUAGCAAAAUAAAAAUGGAACGAGUGUGGCACUUGAUAGAAUCGAUUUCACUAAAAUUCUCUAAUCUAAAAUAGCAGUAAAAGAAUAAACGUGGAUGACAUACUCGAUUGUUAACAAAUAUCGGAUACAUGAACAAUCUCGUGAAUCUGAAAAAUCGUUGGUUUUAUACCUGCACGAAAGUAGUUCGCUGCUGCUUUUUGAGGAACAACAGGGAUCUUUUCCGAUAUUUACCAUUUAUAUUUUUGUUGCUACAAGUAUUAACGAAAAUGUCUCAAGAUAAAAUAGUUGGCAGUGAUAUCCUGAUAGAAUUUCUAGAAGUAACAUUUAAUCAUAUAUUGUUCUUCAGAAACUUAUAUCCCAAAGAAAUUUUUGUGAACAGGAAAAUGUAUAAUACAACAGUAUAUGUUUCUGAACAUCCAGAACUCAAUGAAUACUUAAAAAAUGUUUUAACUGCUAUUAGAGAAAUGGUAAAGGAGGAUGAGAAUAGUGUGAAGGCAGUGAAUCUCGUUUUUUAUAACAGAAAUAAGCAACCAAUUGAGAAAUUUGUUUUCGACCUUGUUAAAUUACAAGCAAAUAGCAUAGAAAAAGAUCCAUAUUAUUUAAAAACCGAAGAAGCGCUUAGAACAAUUUGUUUAAAAUUGUCCAUGUGCGAAGCAUAUCUGAAACCAUUACCGGAAGACUCGACUUUCUCUAUUGAAAUUCAAACAUAUGAAACAGCACAUGUUGCUCUAAGUGAAAAUCCUCAUUGCGAUGAUUUUCCAUGGAUUAUACAUGAAGAUGCACUUGAAAUGACCGGACAAGAUUUACUUCCAUUAAAAACUAUCAAAACUGAUUGUUUAAAUUUGCAAAUGUAUGUAGUAGAGAGCAAGGAAAGUAAAACUACAAAUUAAUUGUAAUUAUUAUAUUUAUUGUAAAUAAUAAACUUUCUAUUCAUUUUAAGGGAAUGACAAGUGUUAUUCGUUUAGAAUAGUUUAUACAUGAACUUUAUAAAAAAUAAUGCUUUGUAUUUUAUAAUUUUUGCAAUUAACAUAGAUGAAAGAGGGUUGUAAUUAAAACUUCAACAAAAUUUGUAAUGUAUGUAUAAACAAAUCUUACGGAUUUCUUAAAUCUUCAAUAUUAUAUAAAAUUAAAACAUACCACAAUUAAUAAGUAUAAUAUGUACUAAUGAUUCUUCAAUAACACAUGAAUACUUUCGAUAUUCCAUUUCUUUUCGUCGUUUAUGUCCAACAUUUUAUGCCAUAUAAAGGUAUAAAAACGGUACCAAGUUUAAAAACGUAACUAAUUUCAACUUUCUGUCUGUACAAAUGUAGAUUUACGCGCGAAUUUUACAAGGCAGUAAUAUAGUGAUCUUCUAGAGACCUAGAGGACGCUAAUGAUCUUUGAAAAAUAUUCGAAUAAUUUAGAAAUUAUAUAAAAU